AUGUUUAUUUUAAUAUGUAUAUUAGUCUUAACUUACUCCAUUCAAGUACCAAUAGAGGAAACUGAGAAUAUUGAAGUGUUGUAACUAGUUUCCAGUGAACAAUUCUAGGAAUAGCAGUUGAAAAAAGUUCAGAACACUUAAUAGGUGUUUCUAUUGGAGAUUGCAAAUUAUUUGGAAGGAACCACGAUCAAUACCUUGCUGGGUAAAAUAGCACAAUAACCGUAGGCUUGCAAAGCAAAGAUAACCAAUCCAAGCGAAUUAUAAUUGCAACUGUACUCUCAAUCAUAUUAAUUGUUAUUUGUUGUGUUCUCAUUCAAUUGA